AUGGAUCGUAAUAAUAAAGUAUAUAGUUUUGAUAUAAUCUCUAUUAUUUUAACAUUUCUUCUUAUCUUUACCAAAAUAAAAUGCGAUAAAAUUCCGUUAAUUAAUUUAUCUGCUGGUGAUGUCAUUAGUGGCGUUGAUUUGAAUGACGCUACUAGUGUUAUAGUCGGUAAACUAUUCGAUGAUAAUAUAAAAUCAAAGUAUGUUGAAAAAAAUAUACUAGAUUAUUCACGGAAUCAAGGUUACACUACAAUGUAUUAUUGCAAUGAGACGGACCAUUCUAAUUUUUACCCAAAUAUUAUAGUUUGUAAUGCAACGAAUAAGAUAGUAAAUAAGAAUAAUCAAUUGAAUGGUAGUAUUCUGGGUAUUGACGAAGGUUAUGUCAAUAGAAAGUACUUGUGUGUGGCAUUCAAAACUUGCGAUGUGAAAAUUGAAGAGACGGUUUCGAAUGAUUUGAUGAAAGAAAAUGAUUUACCAGAAGAAGUCAAGCUAGCAGCUGAUAAAAUGGGAGUGUCUACAAUGAGAAGAGAGCGAGAGACGUACUACGUUUCGGCAAUUUUGAAGGGUUAUUGUGUAUAUCAGGUUCUGGUUUUCGAGGAUUCUAAACCAUCAACCGAAGUCUUCGAUACCUCGAAAGAAAAUCCAGUACAGUUUGGUCGAAUUUUAGUAUCAAGUGACAAUAAAACACUUGAAAACUGGGUCAAUGAUUAUUUAAGCAACGAACAUCAAUCAUUACGCAAUUUAGAUUUCAAUAAUAGAAACGUAGUGUUCAAACAAUUCAAUGAUGCGGCCAUCAUUGAUCUAGAAUUAAAACCACUUCCAGAAUUGGCACCCUAAUAAGACUAGUAGUACUAUGUAGCAAAGGAAUUAUUCCUAUGUUGCAUAGUAAAUUUCCCUAUACUACAUAGUAAAUUUUCCUAUGCUGCAUGAUAUAUUUUCCUAUGUUCACAUAAGGAAAUUCACUAUGUCAAAAUAGGAAUAACUCCUAUACAACAUAGGAAUUAUUCCUAUGCUAACAUAGUAAAUUUCCCUAUGUUUGCAUAGUAAAAAUUCCUAUGCGAACAUAGGAAAUAUUACUAUGUAACAUAGAAAAAUUACCUGUUUUGUUUUCUCCGUGUAGGUGCGUAGUAUACUAUUUCACAAAUAUGAAUUCAAUUGCGUGAAAUUGUAUAUGCUUAAAAUUCUCCAUAAUUAUAUUGAAAUAAAGAUAGUU